GUGUCAUUCAAGCCUGCACUCAUAAAGAGAAGAAAGCCCGUAAGGUAAAGGCACAUAGAUAAAUUAUUGCGUUGGAGUAAGGUGAAGUGGACAUCAGUGAUUUGUGUUGUGCUUUUAUUGGUGUUUUCCGUGAAUUUUAGUUGUUAAAAUGUCCCCAAUCAAGUGAAGUUAGUUUUCCGUCGAAGAGAUGUCUGUCUUGCUUUAGUAAUAGAUGUGUGUUGUUCCACAAUAGUCACGGUAAUCCUGUCGCUCUUUGUGUACUGAAAUAAAACGAAGCAUACACACCAUAUGACAUAGAAGAGGCGGCUGGAGUUUGUUCCAUUCAGUGGUGCGAGGAAAAUCAAGAGACGAAAAGAAAAAUGUCGACCAACGAAAUUGAGGAAUUCGUGAACGGGGCACUUAUAUCGUGGAUUGAAUCCUGCUUGCCUCGAGACGAGAUCAUUGCCGGCUAUGUAUCACUUCUGGACGGAACAAUCCUUCAUAGCGUGUAUCUGCAGAUCGAUCCGGAACCACAGCACCACCCGGUCAAGUUGAAGAACGCCGAAAACUUAUCGCUUUCGUCUGCACGUUCGCGCAACUUUGACGCCAUCGUGAGAAACCUGCGAAACCUCUACGAUGAAGAGCUGGGGCAGACCAUACUGGCUCUACCAGACUGCACAAUUUUAGGCCACGCGCCGGAAUCUCGCGGGGGACUUGAGCAGAUGAAACUACUAAUCACCUUACUCCUGGGAGCAGCGGUGCAGUGUCCCAACAAGGAGAUAUUCAUCGCCCGGAUAAAGGAGCUGGACGUCAAUACUCAGCAUGCAAUUGUCGAAGUGAUCAAGCAAGUCACGGACAGCCAAACUCUGGUGCUAACGCAAGAAGCAGUAGAUCAAUUACCUUCGGAUAUGAUGUGCAAACACAUUGUUCGGCUCGCCAAAGAGCGAGAUCAAUAUUAUAGUAAAUGGAUGUCGUCGGUAAUACUGGAGAACGAGACCAUGAACAGCUCAACGUCCAAAUCCAGCUUACACAACUCAUCCUCGUCGGCGACCAGUUCGGCCAACACUCCGUCGACAUCUUCCGAGAACAACCAUUUGGCCGUUGAGCUGGCGGAUUACAAAUCCAAACUGCGAAAGCUGCGCCAAGAACUGGAGGAGAAGUCCGAGCUGUUGAUGGAAGUGAAAGAGGAGUUGGAUCACAAGUGCAGUCAGUAUGAGAAACUACGCUCCGAAAGUCAGGACUGGUACUCGGAAGCGAGGAGAGCCGCCGCAUAUCGGGACGAGGUGGAUGUGCUGAGGGAACGAGGCGAACGGGCAGACCGCCUCGAGGUUGAAGUUCAAAAACUACGGGAAAAACUGUCCGAUGCCGAGUUCUACCGGACGCGGGUCGAGGAGCUGCGGGAGGAUAACCGAACGCUGCAGGAAACGAAGGAAAUGCUGGAGGAGCAACUUCUACGAUCGCGGAAGCGCAGCGAUCAGGUGAUGAUUCUCGAGGCAGAAAUCUUGAAGUUCAAGCAAAUGCUAAACGACAUGUCGCUCGAGCGCGAUGUGGAUAAAAGCAAACUGCAAGAGCUGAUAGAGGAGAAUGUUCAGCUUCAGUUGGCCACCAAAAACCUGAUGGCCGGACCGGACACUGCCAUGAACCUGACCCAAUCGGAUACGGAAGAGGACGCUCCGUCGAAUGACAACAGCCUAUCGGAACAGUUGACCACCAAUGCUCAGUCACGUGCUCUGAAAUUAGAGUUGGAAAAUCGACGCCUCCUAGCGGCACUAGACAGUUUGAAGGAGUCUUCGUUCCACGAGAAAUCGAACAAAAUCCUAGAGCUGGAAAAGGACAAAAAGAAACUUUCGCUCCGUCUUGAUCAACUGCAGGAGAACUGCAACAGAUUGGCGCUGCAGAACAGUGAACUUGAAGAGGUCUUCAAGGGUGCAUUGAAGGAGAACAAAAAGCUUCAAGAUGCGCUUGAUGCCAAGCAAGUUACGAUCGACAAGCAAGUUAAUGAUCGUGAUUUGGAUCGGAUACGACAAAUUGACUUGGAAAAGCAAAUCGAAAGCCUAACGAAGGAUAAGCAACGGGUGCAGAAUUUGUGUGACAGUAUCCAACGAAGGACCAUAGAUUUGGAACGUUCUAUUGAGAGUAAAACGAAGGAAGUCCAACAGUUGAACAAGCGAUGUAAUGAGUUCGAUACGAUAAAGAAGAAAUCGUACGAGAUUGAAGGAAAAGUAACUUCGCUGGAGAAGGAGAACAUCAAUCAAGGGAAGGACCUUGCCAAGUAUAAGGAAAUACUGGAACAAAAGAGCGUUGAACUUGAUGAAGCCAUUACAAGGAUAGAACAGAAGGAUAAGGAAAUGAGUCAGCUUAUCAAGCAACAGGAGGAUAACAUAGGGUUGGAGAAAAAAGUGCAAGAUCUGGAAAAGGAGAACCAAGAGCUUUUAUCACAAGCGAAAAUUCAAGAUGAAACCAUUUUGACACUGAAGAAAGACUUGUACGAUGGAACCUUGGCGAAGAAACGGGUUGAACAGAAUUUGGAACGACUAGGACUGAACGAAAAUGAUAUAGAGAAGAACGAUUUGAACGUGGAAUCGUUUGUCGAGAAGCUUUGUAAAAACCCAGAAUCAUUUAAAACCGUCCGGGAAAUUGUGCUUAGCGUUGGCAAGGAGUCCACCAAGUCUGCAGAUAUGUGCGUUCUCUGCCACAGACAGGAAAUUUACACCGUGGAAAAAGACAUCGAGUUCACUAACUAUGACGAAGCAGCUACUCUUAAAGAAGUUGAGGCUAAACUGGAACAGUUCAAAUCUGAGAACACAGCUCUACAAUUAACCAACGAAUCUCUACAGGCGGAGAAUGCUCGUCAAAAAGUCGAAGUUGCCACACAGAGUUCGCAAAUCACUUCUCUAAACACGCAACACGUUGCCCUGCAGCUCGCCAAUUCUCAGCUUGCUGCAGAGAAGGACAUGCUGGUUAAGCAGGUCGAAGCCAAAAAGCAAGCUUACGAGUCCUUACAACACGAUCAAGUCACGCUUCAGUGUCUCCACGAACAGUUGAGCAGCGAGUACGACUCGUUGAACAACGAGAAGGAAUUGCUGAAAAUUUCCAUCCGGGAUUUGAAGACGGAGAAUCGCGAUAUGAAAGAACACGCCAUGGUGCUGGAGAAACAGCUGGAGGAAUGCCGGAUGGAGCUGUCGUCCAUGAAGGAUGGUAUCACGAACCUGGCGAAUUUGAGAGCGGAGCACUCCAAGCUUAAGGACGACUUCCGCUGUCUGUUCACGAACAGUGAACGGCUGAAGCAGGAGUACAAAAACCGCCAGGAACAGUACCGGGCAUGUCGCACCGAGAACAGCCGAUUGAAGCUCCAGAAUACCGAGCUGAACGGGGAGCUGAGCAACAAGGUGGAGCAAAUAACGAAUUUAGAGAUUGAGUACACUAAAAUGAACCAAAGAUGUGAGAUGUUACUGCAGAUGAAUUCCAGUUUGGACAUUGACCGGAGAACCUUGAUGGAUCACGUGUCUCAGCUGUUGACGCAGUACCACGAGUUGCUGGCCCACUCGCUCGAAGACAAGCAGCACUACCAUGACGAGGAGAAGAGUUUCACCGAUCGCGUCAACAAUUUGCACCGGCAGAAGGAGAAACUGGAGGAAAAAAUCAUGGAGCACUAUCGGAAGCUGGACAGCUGUUCGCCGAAAAAAAAACCGUUUGCAUUGAAUUUCGUGAAGAAGGUCCGCAAAGCUGGUUCAGAUCUAAUGAACAGGGUCCCUAACAGAAAUCGUCGCUCGUGGGUGGACGAAUCUCGCCUGACGCAAUCCCAGUUUACGUUGGGAUCGGAGUCCGGAGGCAACGAAUCGGACAACAGUAUUGAGGAGCCCAACUCGGUGGCGUCGGAUACCAAUCUACUGCAGCGGAACUCGGCGAAACGGCAAAGCCUGCAACGGAAGCCCAACAAUGAAGCGUUGAAUACCAGCCUGUUGAGAGGUGGCAUCCGAAGCAGUUUGCAGGCAUCCCGGCGGGAUGACGCAAACCAGUCCCAUAGGAAUAGCUUUCCCGGGUUCGACACCAACACGGACUCCCUGAACCUGGGAACCGCCGGAACCCGGCGCACCGUAUACCUAAUGGACGGAAAAGCAUCCAACGCGUCCAACUCGGGAUCCAGCACUCCCACCGGUGCACCAGGGUUACCAUCAUCAUCCCCACCGGUAUCACUGACCUCCCCGCCCGGAUCCAGCACUUCCAGUAAAAAUUCCCCCAACUCAUCCCAAACCACUUCGAACAACAACAACGCGUCCGGAAACAACGACUCAUUUCUGUUGCUCAACCGAGUCUCGACCACAACGACCACACUCAAAACAACCGAAUCCAGUUCGGUGCCGCAAACCAUGAUAGUCAACCCAAACCCCUCCGGAAGCCCAUCGAAUUCGGCUGCAACGACCGGACUCAACGCUGAUGACCCCAGCAAGAAAGAUGCAUCGAAUAAGAAGCCCAAAAAUGAACCUAAAAGCCGCGAAAGCGCGAUAUGGUACGAGUAUGGAUGUGUAUGAUAAGCAUUUUAUCGGACGUAAAUUUUUAUAUUAGGACGGCUGCCGAAUCUCAUAUAUAUAUUUUAAAUUCCUAAAGCAGCUAAAAAUUUGCAUUUAUGUUUGUUCACUAACCAUCUAACUUUCCAUGACCGUUUGACCGCGCAAGAAAAUAGUAUUUUGUAUAAACAGAUAGACUGAUGAAAAUGAAAACGUAUUCCGCGUAGAAGCCUUAUAGAAUAGGAAAUCUUCAAAGUAUUGCAACGUUGUAUUGGCCUCUCUUACUUAAAACAAUUAUGCACAAUGUACAUAAAAAGAAUAAAACAACGAAAAGAUCGCUUGCCAAAUCGUUUUCCUAUAAUUUAAUUUAAAGUAUUCUUUGAGUUGUAUCAUCGUAACAAAUGUGUAAAA